CACAGGCGGCGUGGCUCGUUUAAGCCGGUAGUUGAGGCGCUGAGGGAAGCUGUAGUGCGAGUGCUCGAGGAUUCGCUUCGUAUAUUUAAAGUUGAAGUUUGCUGCUAAAAAUGGCAGAUCCAGAUGUCCUCACUGAGGUUCCAGCAGCAUUGAAGAGAUUAGCCAAGUAUGUGAUCCGGGGGUUUUACGGCAUCGAGCACGCCUUGGCCUUGGACAUAUUGAUCCGGAACCCCUGUGUGAAAGAGGAGGAUAUGCUGGAGCUGCUCAAGUUUGAUCGGAAGCAACUUCGAUCAGUUUUGAAUAAUUUAAAGGGAGACAAAUUCAUCAAAUGCAGAAUGAGGGUAGAGACUGCUGCAGAUGGGAAAACCACUCGCCAUAACUACUACUUUAUCAAUUAUCGUACUCUUGUUAAUGUGGUAAAAUAUAAAUUGGACCACAUGAGAAGGAGGAUUGAAACAGAUGAGAGAGAUUCCACCAACCGGGCUUCCUUCAAAUGUCCUGUCUGUAGUAGUACUUUCACAGACUUAGAAGCUAAUCAGCUCUUUGAUCCCAUGACAGGAACUUUCCGCUGUACUUUUUGCCAUACAGAGGUAGAAGAGGAUGAAUCAGCAAUGCCCAAAAAAGAUGCACGCACACUUUUGGCAAGAUUUAAUGAACAAAUUCAGCCUAUUUAUGCAUUGCUUCGGGAGACAGAGGAUGUGAACUUGGCCUAUGAAAUACUUGAGCCAGAACCCACAGAAAUCCCAGCUCUGAAACAGAGCAAGGACCGUGCAGCAAAUACUGCUGGAACUGCUGGCCUGGCAGGUGGGCACCACCGGGAAGCAUGGACCACCAAAGGUCCCUCCUAUGAGGACUUAUACACUCAGAAUGUUGUCAUUAACAUGGAUGACCAAGAAGAUCUUCAUCGAGCCUCACUGGAGGGGAAAUCUGCCAAAGAGAGACCCAUUUGGUUGAGAGAGAGCACUGUCCAGGGGGCAUAUAGUUCUGAAGAGAUGAAGGAAGGUGGCAUAGAUAUGGAUGCCUUUCAGGAGCAUGAGGAAGGCCGUGCAGGGCCUGAUGAUAAUGAGGAGGUCAUGCAAGCACUGCUCAUUCAUGAGAAGAAGACUCCCUCUGCCACAGCUGGUUCAGUGGGAGCAGCUGCUCCUGUGACCACGGCCAAUGGCAGUGACUCAGAGAGUGAGACCAGUGAGUCAGAUGACGACUCUCCACCCCGUCCAAUGGCUGUGGCUGCGCAUCAUCGGGAAGAGGAUGAGGAGGAUGAUGAGUUUGAGGAAGUAGCAGAUGACCCCACUGUCAUGGUGGCUGGCCGUCCAUUCUCCUACAGUGAAGUGAGCCAGCGGCCAGAGCUGGUGGCCCAGAUGACACCAGACGAGAAGGAAGCAUACAUAGCAAUGGGACAACGCAUGUUUGAGGACCUCUUUGAGUGAGCUUUCCCUACCUUUUCCUCCUUUCUCUAAUGCUCAUUUCAAAAAGAAAAUUCCCCACUUUUGAAGUAAAGUGUUUAAAUGGCUUUCUGCCUCUCUUGAUUAAAAAGCAACUGUUAAUCUUGCACAAAGAAUAAUGGGAAAGAGAGUUUGAUUUUUAUGCCAGAAACUUCCCAGCAAGGUAGGUUGGUUAUAAGUAUUCCCUUCCCUGCUAUUACUACAGUAUUAAUAUUUCACUAUAUUUCCUUAUCUAAUUUUUUUCCUUUCCUUUUUAAGACACAUUUUUCUUCCUUCUGCAAAGAGUGGGGAAGUCCAUAAGGUAAAUUCUUUAUGUCUGCCUGCAGAAGCCCACUAAGUUAGGUUACAGUAAUUCACUGAUCACAUCCUUUUUAUGUUCUGACCAAGCAUUCCAAACAAUUCCUUAUAUUGCUGGCAACCAAAGCAGCUUGCCAACAGUGAUAUCACUGAUUGAGGGGGGAGCAAUCCUAAAACUCAUAUUUUCUCAAAAUUGAGGUUGGAGUCAAUAUGUAAGGGGAGGUGAGAGUGUGUUUGGAAGAGGGAUGGAUAUGCCUGAAUCUCAUGAUUAAUGUCUAAAACAGAAGUUAUGUCUGUAUAACCGACCAGACUAGUAGAUUCUGUUGUUUUGCUUAAUGCCUUUUGGUUUGGAUUUUGGAUGAUAGAAAACAGAAAGUAUGCUUGGUAAACCCUUUUGAAGAAAUUAGAAAAAACAUGGACAAAGUACAUGUGAAGGUUAGAGUGGAGAGUUUUGGCAGCAGUGACUUAGAACUGCCUUAGUUUGUUCUGACUUGGAAAUUAUUUAUGUAAAGCUGAAACUGUUCUCUUUUUUUCCCUCUUCUUCUAUAGACCUCUUGUCAGUGCUAUAAAUUGCUUAAUGAGGCCAUUGCAGCAGAAAUCAGCAUAGAAUAAUUGAUUACUCCUCCCUCUCUCACACACACUCUCUGUAAACAUCUUUGAAGACUUUCUUUUUCUCUCUUUUGAUUCUUGUCAGACAUGGUAUUUUGGAGUAUAUCCAGUAUAUUGUUGAGCAUUGUAACCUCAAGGAACUUAGUUUAUUUGGGGUUCUGAUAUGUAGCAUGGUAUUAUUCUCUAAGGCAGAGCUUUAAAAAUAAAGAACUCUCAUCCAAGGAUUUAUAACAAUUGUAUUUUUUGUAAUAUUUUUCCUUGCAUUGUAAUUUUUAAGUAUUUAUCAUUUUAUAGUCCAUGUGUUAAAUUAAGUUAGCAUUUUAGAGUAUCUGAGCCCUGUAAGAAGAGAAGUUUCAUUUACCUGGGUUGUAUUAAUGACUGAAUCUUGACAAUAAAUCUAUUUUAUAUUGACUGAAAUUUGUUCAUUUCUCGCUCUGUAACUUCUUGGAGCAUAAUUAAAAUGA